AUGGGAAAUCAACUGCCCCAGCCAGUCUUGAUCCUGCUUUUCCUGCUCCUUCCCAGUGAUGCUUCAGCUGCUGCAGAACCGCAGUACCUAGUACUGGUCCCAUCGCACCUCUACACUGGAGUUCCUGAAAAGGCCUGUGUCAUCCUUAAUCACCUGAAUGAGACGGUGGCACUGAAAGUAACUCUGAGGUACGAAAUGCAGAACAAUCCCCUCUUCACAGACCUGGUGACGAAGAGGAACUAUUUCUACUGCAGUUCCUUCAUGAUUCCAGAAUUACCAUCUUCCUGGGUGGUCAUUGCUGUGGAGGUAAAGGGGGCAACUCUGCAUUUCACAAAGAGCAAAUCAAUACAUAUAACUACGGCAGAGAACCUAGUCUUUGUCCAGACAGACAAAUCCAUAUACAAACCAGGACAAACAGUGAAAUUCCGUGUUGUCUCUAUGGAUGUCAAUUUCCACCCUUUGGAUGAAAUGUUUCCAGUGGUUUAUAUUGAGGACCCCAUGAAGAACCGAAUUUUCCAAAAGCAAAGUCUCAAAUUGCAAGGGGGACUCAUCCAACUCUCUUUCCCGCUAUCAGUGGAGCCCAUUCUGGGUUCCUACAAGAUUAUGCUGCAGAAAGAGUCAGGGAAGAAAAUAGAGCGCUCAUUUGAGGUGAAUGAAUAUGUUUUGCCUAAAUUUGAGGUCCAAGUAAAAAUGCCCAAGGUUAUUGGUUUUCUAGACGAAGAAUUUGUGGUAACCACCUGUGCCUUGUACACAUAUGGAGAGCCUGUCCCUGGUAUGGUGACACUUAGUGUAUGCAGAAAAUACUCAUUAUACUGUUUCAGCUGCCACAACACACAUUCACGAAGUAUCUGUGAAGAAUUCAGUCAACAGACAGACACUGAAGGAUGUUUCACACAACUCAUAAAAACUAAAAUAUUUCAGCUGAGACGAAAAGGGUAUGACAUGACAAUACAUGUGGAAGCCAAGGUCAAAGAGAAGGGAACCGGAUUGGAAUUAACUGGGCAUGGAUCAUGUGAAAUCACAAAUACCUUAAGCAUAUUGAGAUUUACUAAAGUAGAUUCACAUUACAGAAGUGGACUCCCCUGGUAUGGACAGGUUCUUCUAGUCAAUGAAAACCAUCAGCCAAUCACCAACAAAACUGUAGAUGUUCAUGUGAAUACUAGAUACUAUUUCAGUGCAACUACUGAUGAGCUUGGCUUGGUGAACAUUUCCAUGGACACCACCAACUACGUAUCACCUUUUCUCACAGUUUCAGUCAAAUACAAAGAGAGUAACAAUUCUUUUGAUAACUGGUGGCUUGCUGAGUUUCAUAAGCAAACAUCUCAUACCGCAAAGCAUUUUUUUUCCCCAAGCAAGAGUUAUAUUCACCUCAAACCUACUAUUGGUACUUUGACCUGUGGACAAACCCAGGAGAUUCAAGUACACUAUAUCCUGAAUAAAGAGAUUCUCAAGGAUGAAAAAGAAUUAACCUUCUACUAUUUGAUUAAAGCAAGAGGAAAAAUCUCCCAAUCAGGAAUCCACGUGUUAUCCAUUGAACAGGGAAACAUGAAAGGGGUGUUUUCCUUCUCCUUUCGAGUGGAAUCAGACUCUGCUCCUCGUGCUCAUCUGCUUGUUUACACUGUUUUACCUAAUGGAGAAAUUGUUGCAGAUGCCGACAAGCUUGAGAUUGAAAACUGUUUUGCCAACAAGGUAACUUUGAGAUUCUCCUCAGCUCAGAGCCUGCCAGCCUCAAACACCCACCUGAAAGUGACAGCCACCCCCCUCUCCCUCUGUGCCCUCCGUGCUGUAGACCAGAGUGUGCUGCUAAUGAAGCCUGAAGCUGAGCUCUCACCUCAAUCUGUCUAUAACUUGCUACCAGUGAAGAGUCCGUUUACCUUUAGAGUUGGAGGUCCUGCGGAUGAAUAUGAUGAAAAAUGCAGCAUUGCAAAAGGUACAACUCACAGAGGAAAGCAAGUCCUGGAGGGCGAUGACAUUUACCGUACCUUCAUGGCCGCAAUCCUUAACCAAAUGGAUCCCAAAGCUGCUUACCACCAUCAUAUUCCGCUCUCAGUCAGUGACUCUUGGGGAUUCCAAUAUGUGAGAAAACCAAAACACAAUAUUUUCCACAACGUGUCUGACACUCUUGAAAAGGCCAUAGGAUUAGACAUUUUUACCAACUCAAAAUUCCAUAAGCCACCUUUGUGUUUACCACGAAGAUUGCGUGCCAGCAUAAUAGGAGGACCAGGUCUGCGAGGCUUACCCCUAGGAGAAAUAAUGUACCCAAUGGUCGAAGAAGAACCUCAGAUAUUGCAAGUGGAAGAGAUAGUCCGGAAGUACUUCCCUGAGACCUGGAUCUGGGAUUUGGUAGUAGUCAACUCAUCAGGUGUAAAAGACCUGGUGAUGCAGGUCCCUGACACCAUCACGGAGUGGAAGGCCAGCGCAUUCUGCUUGUCUGGAACCACAGGGUUUGGCCUCUCUCCUGUCGUGUCUCUUCAAGCCUUCCAGCCUUUCUUCCUGGAACUCACCCUCCCUUAUUCUGUGGUGCGAGGAGAAGCCUUCACACUCAAAGCCACUGUGUUUAACUACUUGUCCAUUUGCAUUCGGGUCAUUGUGCAGCUAGAAGUCUCUUCCGCUUUCCUGGCUGUCCCAACAGAGAAGAAUGAAGAAUCUCACUGUGUCUGUAGAAAUGGGCGGAAAACCGUGUCCUGGACUGUGACUCCAAAGUCACUGGGAAAGGUGAAUUUCACAGCUACUGCAGAAGCCGUGCAUUCUCAGGAAGUGUGUGACAAUAAGUUGACUGACAUCCCACCACUUGUGCAGAAGGACACUGUAGUCAAGCCCUUACUAGUUGAGCCUGAAGGAAUAGCAAAGGAGGAAGCUUUCAACACGCUGUUCUGUGCAUCAGAUACUGGAGUACCUGAAAAGGUGUCACUGAAUGUUCCUUCAAAUGUGGUUGAAGGAUCUCCCAGGGCAACAUAUUCAGUUUUGGGUGAUAUACUAGGAUCUGUAGUGCAAAACCUUCAGAACCUUCUCCAGAUGCCCUAUGGUUGUGGAGAGCAGAAUAUGGUCCUUUUUGUCCCAAACAUUUAUGUUCUAAACUAUCUCAAUGAGACACGACAGCUGACAGAGAAGAUCAAGGCCAAAGCCACUAACUACCUCAUCAGUGGGUACCAACGGCAAUUGAAUUACAAGCACAGAGAUGGUUCCUACAGCACCUUUGGGGACAAUGAUGGUAGCAGUCAGGGAAACACGUGGCUCACUGCAUUUGUGCUCAAGUCCUUUGCUCAAGCCCAAUCGUACAUCUUUGUGGAGAACUCACACAUCAGAGAUGCCCUCACCUGGCUUUCACGGAGACAAAAGGCAGAUGGUUGUUUCGAAGGCUCUGGAUCACUGCUGAACAAUGCCAUUAAGGGUGGGGUGAACGAUGAGUUGACACUCUCUGCCUACAUCACCAUUGCUUUGCUGGAGAUGCCACUGCCUGCCACUCACGCAGUGGUCCGCAGUGCCCUAUCCUGCCUUGAAACAGCCUGGAGCUCCACCUCAGAGGACCAAGGAAGUCUUGUCUACACCAAAGCAUUAUUGGCCUAUGCCUUUGCCCUAGCAGGAAACAAGGUCAAACGAAGAGAGUUGCUUGAAUCAUUAAACAGAGAGGCUGUGAAAGAAGAGGAUUCAAUCCACUGGCAACGUCCUGGGAAACUUCAAGAAGCUAAGACCCUCUAUUCUCAACCACGGGCUCCCUCUGCAGAAGUGGAGAUGACAUCUUACGUGCUCCUUACCUAUCUUACUGUCCAGCCUGCCCCAUCUUCAGAGGACCUGUCUGUGGCAUCACGUAUUGUGAAGUGGAUCACCAAGCAGCAAAAUCCCCAAGGGGGCUUUUCCUCCACUCAGGACACAGUGGUGGCUCUUCAAGCCCUCUCCAAAUAUGGAACAGCAACUUUCAGUAAAAGUGAGAAAGCAGCUUUGGUGACCGUCAAAUCUUCACACACCUUUUCUAAAGACUUCCAAGUAGAUGAUGGCAACCGCCUAGUGCUGCAGGAGGUCCGGUUACCAGAGGUUCCGGGGGAGUACAGCACAACUGUGUCAGGGUCGGGAUGUGUGUACCUCCAGACAUGCCUGAGAUAUAACGUCCUUCCCAAGAAAGAAGGGAAAGUGCCCUUUGCUCUGCAGGUUAAUACUCUCCCCACGAAUUGUGAUGGAGUGGAUGCUCACAGAAAGUUCCAGAUUCACAUCAACAUUAGUUACACUGGGGACCGACCCAGUUCCAACAUGGUCAUUGUUGAUGUGAAGAUGGUAUCAGGCUUCAUACCUAUGAAACCAUCAGUUAAACAGCUCCAGAAACAGCCUCAGAUUCAGAGGACUGAAGUGAGCAUCAACCAUGUCCUAAUCUACUUUGAAAAGCUAACCCAUCAAGCCCUGAAUUUUUCCUUCUUUGUGGAACAAGACAUCCAAAUAAAGAAUUUAAAACCAGCUACAGUAAAAGCCUAUGAUUAUUAUGAGACAGAUGAAUUCACCUUUGAAGAAUACAGUGCCCCUUGCAGUGCUGGUAAAGUAUUAAUGAUUCAAUCUAACGCCAAUUGA